AUGCUGAGCGUUCUACGAUUCUCCCAAAGGAGGACGACGGGGCGCCUAAUUAAAGCCUACCGUACCACGGCGCACUCUGUGAACACGGUGUUGGCAGGGAUACCUCCUCUGGAGCUAACCGCGCAGAUGCAUCUGGAGGUAUACGAAAAGAUAGCGGAAAUAAAGGAAACGAAAAGAUGCCAACAAGUGUGCAUUCGCACCGUCGAAAGAAUAAAGAACGCCGCGAGGAAGAAUCUCCACAAGAAGUGGAAAAUAUGGCUACCUCGGAGGGAGGGCGGCAUCGUGGAUGCGAUAUCGCCCCAACUCGAGAGAUGGGUCAACGCACGUCUUGGCCUCACCUAUCACGCGACGCAGGUGCUGACCGGUCAUAGUUGUUUUUUGGUCGGUACCUGCGUCGCAUAG